AUGGUUAACAGUGGUUGUCCGUUCCUAUUCCUUGUGCGAUUACUUUUAAAUCUAAUGGUAUCAGUAGCAAGUUCUGGUAUACGAUCGAUCGCCCAAAUUCGAUUUGAUCCACCAUUCAUUCAUGAUCUCAUUGCUGGAACUAAUAAAACUGUAAAAGUUGCUGUUGAUUUAGAUACGUAUCAUCAGGAAUUUGCAAAAUUAUCGAACGAAAAAUCGUUUUCUAUUAUACUCAAGUCAGUUGAUGAAGAUAUAGCUACAGUUGCAAAAAAGCGUAAAGAAUUCAUAUUGGGUGAAUAUGCUUCGAAGGAUAACGAUUUAGAAACAUAUGAGGGACAGUAUAAAUUGCAGUUAAAUGUUACUCUUACCGGGCAUUUUUUGGGUAAGACCGCAAUAGAAGCACAUGUAGUAGAUGCUGAAGAACGGGGGCCUGGUGACCUUCGAUUCAUGGAUCAAAUGAGUGAAAAACAAUUAGUCGUGAGUCAGUCCAAUGCAUUGGAUGUUUGGGUGAUUCGAAAUAGCAAGUCCCUUGAAAAUCGGGUAUUUCUCUCGACACUGGUUAUUCUAAUUGUGUUUGCUAAUGUGCUGAUGGGAUGUGAAUUAGACAAAGAUGUUGUUUGGCAAACUAUUAAAAAACCAGUCGCACCGCUCAUUGGCUUUUGUACACAGUUCAUCUCUAUGCCUUUGCUUGCUUUUGCUAUUUCCAAUGUAGUAUUCAUGACCAAAGGGUUGCAUUCAUUUGCACUUGGCGUAUUUGUUACCGGUUGUGUUCCUGGUGGUGGUGCUAGCAAUUACUGGACCCUUAUCUUAGAUGGCAACUUACCAGUUUCUAUAACCAUGACAUUUUGUAGCACAAUUGCAUCUCUAGUAAUGAUGCCAUUCUGGAUGUGGCUACUUGGUGCUUAUAUUCUUAACAGUUUCCAUCCCGAAGCCGUUAUCAAAAUCCCUUAUAUAAAAAUCAUUUCAUCUCUGGUGACGAUAGUUUUACCAUUACUUUUUGGUGUUAUAAUAUCGCAUUUUAAGCCAUGCUUACGUCAUCAAGCACGAAAGAUAAUCCGUCCAUUCAUUAUAUUUGUUCUUGUUUUUUUGAUUUGUUUUGGAGCAUUAGCUAAUUUGUAUAUGAUUCGCCUAUUAACAUGGAGUGCUGUUUUAGGAGGUUUGCUGCUUCCAUGGUGUGGUUUUGGAAUUGGUUGCUUCACCGCAAUUAUUUUCCGACAGCCACCAUCCAGUGUUACGGCAAUAGCUAUCGAAACUGGUAUUCAAAAUACUGGUAUAGCAAUUAUGCUUCUGAAAUUCUCGUUUCCGGAUCCAGAUGCUGACAUUAGUGCACUGAUUCCGGUAAUUUCCGCAUGUAUGACACCAGUACCUCUGUUUUUUAUAAUGGUAUUGCAUUGGAUAUGGAAACAAUGGGCCAAAAAUGAUAAUAGAAGUAAUGAAGAUAUUGAGGCAAAAGUAACUAAAAUAUGUUGCAAUUCCGAUAAUUGUGGAGCUAAUAUAUCAGAUAUGUUCUCUAAACCUCGGCGAUGUGAGGGUAUUCUUUUGGAGGAUCAAAACGUGAAAAAAUAA